GUACCCGCUACACGUCCAUUAAAAGCAAAAUUAAUGGCUUUUGUAUAAAAUAAACUGUCAAAAAUUGAGAAAGAACCGUAGAAAUCUUAAACAAACGAUGACUGAUAUCGAACAAAGAGGCGGCGAACAACAGUAUAUGUGAGCGGAUAUCGGAGUUUAUUCUCCUGUAUGAAGGGGAAGAUGCUCAACAUGGAGGACUGCUUGCACACUUCAUCUGAUAGCCUUGCCAAACUGGUUAAAUGGGCCCACAGUCAUGGAACCAUCUGCACCCUUAUCCCCAACCUCAAACACAUGCUCAACGAGGGCUCCCAUGGCACCCUCACGGCACUGUGGGGUUGCAGCGCUGGCCACGCCUACCACUGGCCAGUGACUACCACCUGCAAAACAGGAAACAAGGAACGGAUGUGUUACCAAGAAAGUCGGACCAUCAAUACGGACAGUAUUAUGCAGGCAUCCACCACCAUCCACAGCACCUCGGCAGAUCGCUUCUUUGGCAAUUCCGGAAAAAGCAAAGCCAAUUCCAGUCAAGGUGACUCGAGUCAGAUCCACGACUCUUGUGACAUCUCCAACUGCAGCGACCCUUCGGAGAUGGACGACAACGCAGAGGAGUACAAUAACAACCUGUACGACAUCGUCUGCGAGUCCUCGGCUACCGAUGAGGAAGAUGACUCAAACCACACCCCGAACGUUGCCCACAGGAAAAGAGCCAGCAAAGGUCCCGGACCCGAGGAUUGCACUGAUCCAGGGUUGAAAAAGAUCAAGCAAGAAAGGGGUGAAGACUAUUACAGCGUGGCCAAUUCGCAGAUGCCAAGCAGCUCAGAUGUAAACCGGUCAGUUAGUGCCAUAAGCCAGUCACCCAAACUAAACACCCAAACCAGACCGUCGUCGGGGUCUGCUGCGUCCCACAAACCUGUGGAUGAUGACCCCAUGGGGUUCUCGUCAUUACCGCUGGAGAACUCUCCGCCGUCUAUGAUCAAACCCUUGAGAGGUCCUCCGCACGUUAACCAGAACAAAAUGCACAUUAACUCGAACCCAACAUCCAGUCAAAGUAUGGCAGCUUUAACCCACUCUGGACGCAUUGACGCUAUGGGGGUCCUACACAGGGAUGAAUUUCCAAAGUCUUCGUUGUCUUAUGGAGAAGCUUCGAUUGGCGUGAACCCAGAGAUGGAUCUUCUGGCAGCACAGGCACUUAGUACAGAAGCUAGAGGAGACAAUGCAGUUCUUCCAGCUGUGUAUGAAAUAGAGAAGCUGAAAGCUCUGCUGCAGGCUGAGAGAAGCAAAAGUGAGUUGAUGGUUGAAACCAUCGGCAGCCUGAGGCAGGACAAAGAACUUCUGCAACAGGAACUCUCCAAGAAGGCUGAGCUUAUCUGUGACUUCCUGCAAGACCAACUACGGCCAGAUAAGAGAAGGACCCAUUCCUCAAGUCUAAUGGAAGCGGGUGGCUCUCAUCAAAUGUUCGGCUCCGUUUCUGAUGAGGGAGCUGCGUUUGAAUCUCCGGCGCUCUUCGACUCCUUCGAGGAGGUGGAGCUGCUUCCGACGGAGAGGCAGAGGACCAUCAAGGUUUCAGCAAAGAGAAGCAGAGAUUGUGAAAACACACGUGUCCGAAUGAAAAACGUUGUCGGCGUGAUUGCGCGAUACAUGGCUGCUCUACAAGAAUUCCGCCGUAGCGUCUCCAUGAAAGUGGCUUUUGACCGAGUCGGUGUUGACCGCAACACCAUUUCCAGGACAGCGGCCAUCGCGGAACUCAGCCUGGCGGCCCCUGAAGUCUUCCACGCUCUUCCGCCCUGGGACGAGAAGGAGGAAACGUUGGCCCAUUACGCUGUGAGAUGUCGACAGGCUAUGGAUGACGCCAUCAAAGCCAAGAUUAAAAGCAUGAAAGCGAAGGGAGAACUUCUACCGAUCGUCAGCAAAUAAAAAACAUAGCAAACACAGUUUACCCAUCAUGUCGCUUAUUCUUUUUCUUGAACGAUUUGUGGUAGGACUCAUCCAUGUUGCAAACUUUCAGUCAGUUCUUACGCUUGUCAUUGGCCAAUUAAGCUGUUUAUUGUUGAUCUAAUUGUUUUGUAUGUCUUCUUUCAGUAUCAUUUUGUCUGACCAGUAUUUGCUUCGGUGUUAAACAAACCUUGGGGUGAUUAUGCGAUAUUGAAAGGAUUGCAUGAUCUUCCACCACAAACUACAGUGUAUGUUUGUGCUUUAACCACUUCCUGUCUGCUCCUCAGAUUAGUACUAUGUAUUAAUAUUGUCAAGGUUGAAGAAAAAUAAGUGUGUAAGAAUUCACAUCUUGUUUAUAAACUAGUGGCUUCAAUGACUGUUAUUGGAAGUAAUAAACCGAACCCUUUUGAUGUUUGUGUAUUAUGUUACAAAAGACAGAGAGUUCCAAAGAUCCCAGGACGCCCUCAAGCAAAAGCAGCUGGAGCUCAAGUUCAAAGGUAAAGGCAACAAACCCCACAAGUCAAUGAAGCUGACGCUUGCCGACGAGAUUCUCCGGAGGAAACGGGGUCUCCUGAGUCGCUUCAAUCUCUAGGGUUUGCUUAACCUUGUGUGGCUCAACAACACCAAGGCUUUCAGGCAAUGUGCGGGCUUCCACAGCUCCACGCUUAAGUGGGGAAAUGUACGCUUGCUCAACACAGAAACAGGAUUGGAGUAUCUGGAAUGGACCUAUCAGGAUUUUAGCGACCUCAACGCCAGAAUCAGGAGGUCCAUGACGGAGUCCCGCAUCUCUAUACCCCACAUGCUCCUCAAACUUGUCCGGUGCAGGACUACAAGGAGUACGCCCAGCGCAGACCUCAACCUAUGCUCUUCGAAGAUGCACCCUUUGACUUGUCCAUCAAGCCUGGGGUGAAUCUAGCUGCUCUCCACAGGUACAACUGUCAAGCUUUGGGAAAGAACACGUUGGCGAAGAUGGUCAAGACCAUGUGUGAGAAAGCCAACAUUCCAGGACGAAAGACUAAUUUCAGCGUUUGUCAGAGCUGUAGUUCUUUGUCCGAGGCUCAGAGCAAUCAGUUAGUCCUGAUCUGCCAUGACCUCAGACAGCAAGCCAUCCAAUCAGGAAGCUCCCAUUCUGACGGUACCAACUUUGUCAUCGCUGGUUCUUUUGACUCUACUGACUCUGCUUAGGCGAAGCAAGUGAUUUCUGUCAGAUCAGUGCCAUAGACUGUUAAACAAGAUGGACCACGUGUCUCCAUUUCUUUCAAAAUUGUCAAUGAAAGCCAAACUAGACCAGAAGUGGCCAAUAACAUGAUGAGAAGAUUCUCACUACAGCCUGGCGACAUCCAAUCUGAGUGUGAUUUCAGAAGCCACGCCCAUGUCCGAACAGUAUGGGAACAAGUUGACGUAUUGGACAUGGAGACUGCGGUCUCUGCAGAACAGGGGGUUUCUCAAUUAUGGGGCAUUGUCAAAUCGGUAUAGGUGUUUCUCAAUGUGUUUUAAAAAAAAUGAAGUGGGUGGUUUUAAUUCCCUUCUCCUAUUGGGCGCUUCUCCCUUUUCUGAUUGGAUGGUUAAGAAAUGCCCAUUCUGGUUUCAAAACCGCCACAGUAUAGAAACCCUGUCAUGUACUGCACCCACACUUCUGGACACGGGCGUGGCUCAUGUCCCACUUGGAUGUGGGCGGGGUUGGAUGUCCACGGCAGGAUGCUCUACUUGGACCCGAUCGGUGCCAACGACCGGACAGGUUAUCUGAAAACCCCCACUGGCCAGCACUGUUACAGGCUGUCCUGCCCCAAAGUGAAGCCAUUGGUUGAGCCAAAAGUUGACGCCAUAGCAAACGUUUGAAUUCACACAUUUCCUGGGAAGUUAACUUACAAACAUUCGAUUUGAACAUCAGAGUAUUUAAGAGUAACUGAACACCAGAAAAAUGCAACGUUACCUUAAAUAUAGUUUAAGUAUAGACGUAGCCCACGACACCUGACAACACUUGUGAAAACAUAUUCUUUGUCUCACUUGUAGCUGAACAUCUUUUACAUUAUAAUAACUGUCUGUGCCUAUGUAUGGCUAAGUAUACACAAAAUGUUGUCAGGACUCGUAGUCCUGGCUGUAUUGUUGUUUUAAAUAGGUACAUAGCAAAAUACUGAAUUUGCAUUAUCGAGUGUAGUAAUGUCAACUACAGCUAGCAUCUGAACGCUAAUGUUGUUGUUUUUGCUGUGUACUACACAACACUUGCUAGUUUAGCACUGACAGGCUUCAAAUAUCAUUUCUCACUAUGUUUGUAGACAUAAAUGUGUAGUAACUGAUCCUGUAAUCCCUUAUAUUUCUGUCAGAGAUUGUUCUGUAGCAGUGUGUUAACUCUUUCGCACUGGAGUUCACCCAUACAUGGUUGCAAGUGAUUUAUGACACGUUUGUCUGCUUAGUUAUAAAAGCAUUUAUCACAGCAUACAGAGCAAUGCUUCUUUAAGCCUAUAAAUAGAAGUUUAUUAACUAAUAAGAAUAUGGUCAUACAAAUGGUCAUCAAUGCACCAAGUUGACAUGUUUCCUACUCUUUUACUAUAAUAAAUCCAUGGUUCGUUUUCAUUCAUUAAGGGAUUUUUUAUGUAAUAAUCGUCUUGUAAGAAUUAUAGUUGGAGGCGAAAACACAUUGGGAACCUCCCAAGUCCAUCAGCUACACAAUGGGAUAUAAUGCAGGAAGGAUCAAUGCAACAGUACGUGCUUGUACGAUUUAAUAAAGGUUGUUGGUUUUCA